AUUUGUGAGGGCAUUAAGCUGAAAUAUGAAGAAAGAAGAAGAUACCAAGCCUUUAUUCUCUUUUAAACUGUUCACUACUGUCAAGAUUGUUGUUGUUGGUCUAAGUAUUGGGUUAACUGGUUGGAAGUCCUAUAACGCCAGUUUAAAGUUUCUUGCUGUUCCUGAAUCUAUGCACGAGACACUUACAUCCAUACAAGAGGGUGCUCCUGAUCUCCGUCUGUCUGUGUGCAGAAGAUUCAAAGUCGGAGAUUGCUCAGAGACAGAAAAGUUUGGGGUUGCAUCUAUGUUUGACUUCUACACCAGUGAGGAUAUUAGCUGUAAUUGGAUUGAUGGGACUAUACCUCCAUAUUCAACAUAUGAUGUAUCUUUCUUGGACAUGCUGGAUAGCUCCAAUAUCCCUUACAGGAUAGAUAGACUACUCCGAGGAUUAGAUGUUUUGAAAUCUGAUUCCAAGUGGGACCCAAUCUUCGACACCAGUCCAAAUAUCAGCAAAGAAUUUAGGAUGAAUAUGUUCCCUUAUGUUAACAACUUCACAUUUCUUUGUCACACUUGGACCAAAAAUAUUGCCAACUUAUCAAGAUUCAGACUUCAUUCUUCAUUUAUACCAGAUGUGUAUGUUUUUAUUCACAAUGAUGGAGAACUUCUUCAGAGUUAUUUACGCAAUGAUCUGGAAGAAUUAGUUGCGUCAGAACAUUAUAAUAUGCAUGUUCAGGUUUCAGUGGUCAACCUGGCUUCAUCAAGGGCCUUAAAAUGUUCUAAAAACGGUUCAAACUUUGACUCUUGUGUGUUCAAAGAUACUUUAAAACAGUUUGGGACCAAGUGUAUCCCUUUUUUCAUGACAAUUAAUGAAUUGGCAGGCAAUUUUAGUGUGUGCAAAAAUUUCCAAGAAAGUCAGGAAGCAAUCCAAAUUUUUCAGUCCAGUGGUAGAUCAUGCGAAAAUCCUUGCACACAGGUUCAUGUUGAUAUUAUCAAGACUCCAGUAGAUAAACUUUAUAUGAAAGUUAACAGUCUACCGGUUAGAACAACAACGAGGGCUUACUACUUCACCAUUCAACAAGAAGUCAUUAUUUCUCAGCUUCGCCAGAGUUAUUCUUUUGUUUCGUUCAUUGCUGAUGUCGGAGGGUGGACAGGUCUUUUCCUAGGACUUUCAAUAGUUAGCUUCAUCAAAGUUCUCCUGGAGACCCUGAAACUUCCAAAACGGUUAAGUGCAUUAACUCUCCGGAUAUCACUUUUGGUUGCUAGUGUUAUGAUAGGCAUGAUAACAAUUUAUUGUUGUUUAAAGUUAGUAGAUAAAAAAACCGGUUCGAAAAUAAACAUUGAACCAAGAAUCAACAACCUAAGUCUUUCUCUCUGCUCUCUGGAGAAUGUUUACACUAAUGAGGUGAAUAAGCCUGGAGAUAUUUUAGAGAGAUAUAUUGGUGAUAAUGCAUCAUUCUGGAAUCAAAACACAAAGCUACAAAAUAAGAUUAGAAAAAUGGAAAUUUGGUUUAAAAAUGGUGAACGAAAAACCAUCUUUGAUGCUGAAAUCAAUUUAACUACACACUUUUCAGACCAAUCCAUAAAUAUUCCGAUUAAGGGAACUUUUAUUGAAACUUGUCAUACUCUAGACCUUCACUAUAAAAAUUCAAUUGAUCGAAUAGAAGUUCGAGCUAGAAAAGAGCUGGUUUGCUAUCUUCAUAUUACUGGACAGUUAUUGCAUUCUGACUCCAGACAGGGGUUUAGUAUAAUGAACCCGUCCUAUGUUCAAAUUGUAAACCUAAAGGAUAUAAUAUUAUUCUCGUCAUCUACCUUUUUCAAGAUGAAAGUAUUGAACUUAACUGAUAUUAUCAAUACUCCUUACUCUGAUAUAUUCACAUACGAUAAAUGUAUCUUGUCUCUUGUCAGUGGUAAAGAAAAUGUAAGCAAUAGCAUUCUUAAUCCUAAUGAAGGUACAACAUAUACAUUCGGAUUAGAACAGAAUAAAUUCAAAGGAUUGGGACGACUUUUAUCAUCUCAUGCGAGCACUGCUAUAUGCGAAUUUCCCAUAAAUAGACUUAACAUCAAGUAUAUCCAAGAACGUUCAAAGAAACGUACAGAAACUCAGAGAAAUACUGACACAUAUCAUAAGCCCUCCACAAAUUAUAAAAAUAUUUCUCUUGACUUCAAUCUUCAUUUUCCUGAUUUUGCAGUUGUUGAUCAGGUUUACUUCUCGUAUGAUGUUGUUGCAUUUAUAUCAGAAGUUGGAGGAUGGGUUGGAAUAGUAUUAGGUUAUAGCUUGCUCCAUCUUGGAAAACAUAUCAAAAGCAUGAUACAACGCUGGAGUGUGAAGUUAUCAAGACAAGUAUAUUUCUUGAUAUUGAUGGGUCUAACAGUAUUAAUGUCAGUUCAAAUCAUUGUAUCCGUUAGUAAAGUUAAUUCUAAACCAAAAGGAACCUCCAUAGAAUUUCAAGAGUUUAGAUCAUCAGUCAAUCUAUCUUUAACAGCCUGCAAGCUUGAUGUGGAUCUUGGAGAAACUGAUCCCGGGGUUCGGCCAUUGGUGAAGAUAAUUCAUUCGUUGAACAAGUCUGAAUACAUUGAUGAAUAUGAUUCAGAUGCUUUUAGAUCAAACCUGACAUACUUUUACUGGUUUAACAAUGGUUUAAUGCAUAUUUGCAAUACCAUUAGUUUAAAUUUAGCUGAUGAAAUAAGAAUAGUUCACUCCUAUGGGAGGCAUUUUUACGAUGAAAACAUGAUACUCUACAUCCAUGAAACUGGAUUGUUUGGAUCUGGUUAUGAGUUCAAGGUUAACAAUGACUAUUAUUGGGGGAAUACUAUUACUCUACUAGAUGUACAGCAGAUUAUAAACCUACCAGAUAUAAAUACUUGUCAGCUAAAUUCAUCCUUCGAUAUAUGCAAACAGAGAUAUGUUUCUAAUAAAUACAGGACAAGGACAGGAUGCAAUCUUAAGCUAGAAAGUAUGGCUGAUCCAGGUCUACCAACUUGCAAUCUUAAAGAGAAGAAUAUCUCAGACGAGAUCAAAACUGCGUUUAAAGAGUUUCAAGUGAGCCCUGGAACCUGCCUCCUUCCCUGCAAACUAACCUUAAUCGAUCUCAAGCUGUAUUCCUACCACACACCAGAUAAUGUUGAAUGCCCAUCUACUCGCUGCAACCUUCACCUAACUAUCCGUCUGCCAGGUGUCAUGAUGGUUACAACAUCUGAGUAUAUUUAUACUAUUUGGGAUUUUGUUUCGGAGUUUGGAGGUUGGGUUGGAAUACUCUUUGGUUACUGUCUUCUGGAUCUGGCUGAUAAUCUUGUAUUCAUCCUUUCUACAGCAUAUUAAAGGGAAUGUACACGUUGUUUUGAGUGACCCUCCAUUUAUAGAGGGCCUGUCCGAUUUACAACGAUACCCCUUUAAACUUUGUCUGAUCAAGAGUGAUUCCUGUUUAAAAUAAAGAAAUAUUGUUUUCACUUGUGACCUCUCUGCAAAAUCCAUUUGCGAAUCGUUGCUGCAAAAAAAUGGAGGAAAUUGUGCGUGAAAAUUAAAUUGAGGGGUUUCUGGCUAUUAAAGUUAAAACCUUAGUUAAACAGGAUUAGUAUUAUAGACUAUUAAAAAUCUCGGUAUUUUUAUAUCGAAAUAUCAAUUCAAAUUUUUGUGAAAUAUUCUAAAAUAAAAAUAAGAGAGUAAAAUUUUAAAUAAACAAAAUUUGUGGGCCACAAAUACAAUACUUUCUUUACUUUGACCCGACUCCGCUUAAACACCACUGAAGACUGAAUGAUAUAUUAUUGUUGAGUUAAAGAAGGGGGGGGGGAGGGUCUCGAAAUGAAACGUUUGAUCAAGGUAGUUUUCCCUGGAGAGAGGUAGAUUUAUUUUCAAGUUUUCAAGUUUUUAAAUUUUCAAAGUUCUCAAGUUUUCAUGAUUUCAAGUUCAAGUUUUCAAGUUUUCAAGUUUUCAUGUUCCCAGAGGUCUUCUCAAAUUCGCCACAAAUCCAUAGAAGAUAACACACGUAGAAGGUAUAUUUCAAUCCUGUGAAUAAGUACGGUUAACAAUAAUGGAUCGAUAGAAUAUUUAAAUGUUAACAAUGUUUUAUAUUAUAAAUAUGCAGAUUUGUUGAGGAUAAUGGGGUAAAAUGAUGCGUUUGGUUAUCAAGAAUAAAACAACAUUUAAACUUCGAUGAAAUAGAUAUCCGCCGUUUGGUUACAAAAAUUUGUUGUUUUACUGCGAAAUUACGGAUUUUAAGCUUUACAAUUUUUUGAAACGUGUUCACUAUACAUGAAUAAUGAUAAGCUACAAUUUUUUUUACUAAAACGUUUAAUUUCUCAAAAAUAUAAAAAAAAAUUCUCCCAGAAAAUACGCCUUGUUGCUACACUUAGCGAUUUAUAUAAUGUUUGACGCCGUUUAUGUUUUGUCGGAGCCAAGAAAUGUUGGGUUUGGUCAGCGGAGAAAAUUCUGGCCAAAGACGACCUUACAACGGAGCAAAUGAAGUUUAUGGUUUACAAUUAUGUAUUUUUUUUAUCAAAUGUGAUCUUGAUGUAACCCUCUGUGUGUAAAAUAAAAAUAAAUAAAAAUUUUCACAGGAA